AUGGUUGGUGCCGGCGGAAUUGGUUGCGAGCUGCUCAAGAACCUUGUUCUCACUGGUUAUGGCGAAAUCCACAUCGUCGAUCUCGAUACCAUCGAUCUUUCCAACUUGAACCGACAAUUCCUCUUCCGACACGAACACAUCAAAAAGUCCAAGGCACUAGUAGCCAAGGAGGCGGCACAACGAUUCAACCCGAAUGUGAAAAUUGUCGCGCACCACGCCAACAUCAAGGAUGACCAAUUCACUGUAGCAUGGUUUCAGCAGUUUCGCAUUGCCUUUAAUGCCCUGGACAAUCUCGAAGCUCGCAGACACGUGAACAAGAUGUGUUUGGCAUCUGAUGUACCACUGAUCGAAAGUGGCACCACGGGAUUCAACGGCCAGGUGCAGGUCAUCAAGAAGGGUGUGACCGCAUGCUACGACUGUACUCCUAAAGAAGCACCCAAGUCUUUCCCUGUGUGCACAAUUCGUAGCACACCCAGCCAACCUAUCCAUUGCAUUGUCUGGGGUAAAAGCUACCUACUCAAUGAAAUAUUUGGCACAAGCGAAGACCAGGCGGCCUUUGAUCACUCGACCGACGCUGACAAUGCCAAGGAGAUUGAGGAAUUGAAGAAGGAAUCUGCAGCUCUCAAACAAAUCAGAGAUGCUACUGGCACAUCCGAGUUCCAACAGAUGCUCUUCGACAAGGUAUUCAAUGCUGAUAUCGAACGACUACGUUCUGUUGAGGACAUGUGGACAUCGCGACGAGCCCCCGAGCCCCUUAAGUACGAGACUGUUCUCGCACAAGCCAGCGACGCCAUGGCCAACAAAAAAAUGCUUCUCGAAGACGACCAGCGAGUGUGGUCACUGGAAGAGAGUCUCGUGGUCUUCAACGACAGUCUUGACCGAUUAAGUAAGAAGAUUCUUGAGCUCAAGAAGAACAAGGCAUCUGAAGACUCUGAGCCUACACUCAGCUUUGACAAGGAUGAUAUUGAUACACUUGAUUUUGUGACGGCGAGUGCAAACAUUCGCUCACAUAUCUUUUGUAUUGAUAAAAAGUCACGAUUCGAUACAAAGCAGAUGGCCGGCAACAUCAUCCCUGCUAUUGCUACAACAAAUGCGAUUGUGGCUGGACUCUGUGUUCUCCAGUCCUACAAGGUUCUGAAGGGAGAAUAUGCACAGUCUAAGGAGGUCUUUUUGACACCAUUCGCGGCUGCUCGACUCCUAGCUCCGGACAGGUCUCGGGAGCCAAAUCCCGACUGUCCAGUAUGCAGUGUUUACUUCACCAGUGUUGUUACAGAUCUAUCUCGUGCGACCCUCAAGGACUUCGUCGACGAGAUUGUCAAAUCAAAGCUAGGAUACGAGGGUAAAGAAUUUGUCGUGAACAACGAUGUGGGCACUCUAUUCGAAUGCUUUGAGGACGGAGAUGAUGAGAACCUACCAAAGAAACUGAGUGACCUUGGUAUCAAGAAAGACUCGUUCCUGACCAUCAUCGAUCAAGAUGACGAAGAUACGUUUGUCAAUGUUGUCAUUAAUAUCCAAGAAGGUACAUUGGAUGGAGACAAGAAGCCAGUCGAGGCCAAGUUCUCAGACAAGCCAGAAAUCCCACGUCGGCCAAAGAAACCUCAGCCUGCUGAAUCGAAUUCUAACGGCGAAACAAACGGAGAAGCCGUUGAUGCUGAGCAUAAGGGGGUCAAGAGACUGCAUACCGAAGAUGGUGGCCAGCCUCUGAAAAAGGUCAAGAUUACGCCGCCAGGGGCCGAGAUCGUGGACGUUGACGAGGACCAAAACGAAGGUCACGCCAAUGGAGGUGCAAUCGUUAUUGAUGACUGA